AUGGGUUCAUCAUCCAUGAGAAUUGCAGCAAUUGUUUUUUACCUUUGCUUUCUCACCUUUGUAACAUUUCAUAAUUGCUUUUGCAAUGGAAACUCCAACAUUGUUUGCUCCAAAACUGAAAAGCAAGCCCUUCUAAAAUUCAAGCAAGAUCUUAAAGACUUUUCGAACCGGUUGUCCUCUUGGGCUGGUGACAACUGUUGUCAAUGGUCCGAAGUUGUCUGCGACUACUUCACUGGCCAUGUCCAUGUGAUCCACCGUCCUCAUAAUUAUAGUGAUGCUGAUUGUCAUUAUAAAGCAAAUUAUUCUAAAUAUGAAGCUUACUGGUGUUAUCACCAGUUAGGAGGUAAAAUAGAUCCUUCUUUGCUCGAUUUGAAGCACCUCCGUCAUCUGGACUUGAGCCGGAAUGAUUUUGGAGGGAUUUGCAUUCCUAGCUUCAUUGGCUCUAUUGCAAGUUUGAGGUAUCUCAACCUGUCUUAUAACGGAUUCAGUGGAGCCAUUCCUCAUCAACUAGGAAAUCUCACCAUGAUGCGCUAUCUGGACUUGAGCUGGAACGAUUUUGGAGGGAUUUGCCUUCCUAGAUUCGUUGGCUCUAUUGGAACUUUGAGGUAUCUCCACCUAUCUUGUGCCGGAUUCAACAGAGCCAUUCCUCAUCAACUAGGAAAUCUCACCAUGAUGUGUUAUCUGGACUUGAGCGGGAAUCAUUUUGAAGGGAUUCGCAUUCCUAGCUUCAUUGGUUCUAUUGGAACUUUGAGCUUCAUUGGCUCUAUUGGAAGUUUGAGGUAUCUCCACCUAUAUUAUGCCGGAUUCAGCGGAGCCAUAUAUCUGGACUUGCAUUAUCUGGACUUGAGCUGGAAUGAUUUUGGAAGGAUUCGCCUUCCUAGCUUUAUUGGCUCUAUUGGAAGUUUGAGGUAUCUCGACCUGUCUAAUACCGAAUUCAGCGGAGCCAUUCCUCAUCAACUAGGAAAUCUCACCAUGAUACGUUAUCUGGACUUGAGCCGGAAUUAUCUUGGUCUUCCAGGACAAAUUCCAUUAAGUACUCAGCUUCAAAGCUUUGAGAACUCUAGCUUUGUCGAUAACAAACUCUAUGGACCUCCACUCCCAAACUGCGACACAGACAAGGCAAUACCUAAAGUUGGACAUGGAGGCAAUGAAGAAGGAGAGGGAUUUCUAGAAGUGUGGUUCUAUGCGAUAUCGGCACUUGGAUUUGUUGUGGUGGGUCCUUUACUAUUCAAGAUGCAUUGGAGAAUUGCUUAG